AUGUCUACCCCGUUCGAAAAAUUGCUAAAUAGCUCGCGAAAUGCACCCGAUGAAAGUUGUGAUGGUUGGAGAGACAAACUAAUUGGCAAAGUGGUUCUUCAGGAUGACGAAGAAACAACGCUUAAUAACGAUGAGUAUGUUCGAAAGAAGGAUCUUCCAAAACCUCAUAGAGUACUGGCGCCAAACUCGUUAGCCACAAUGGAUUAUAGACCCGACCGUUUAAACAUUCGAGUUGAUCAUACUAUGAGGGUUACAGGUGUUAACUAUGGAUAA